AAGCACUCCCUUUCUCUUCCCGUCUCCUUUUUUCAUUACCAUUCGAGUUUAGGGACGCCAUUAGUUCUUCUCCAAGCAACCAUGAAUUUCAACAAGCUGAAGGACGUCGCCUCGGGCGCUUACAAGCAGUACAGCCAAGAAAAGUCCAAGAAUAACAAUACCCAGCACCAAGACUACAGCCACGGAAGCAGCGGAUAUCCUCCCCAGGAUCCGUACGGCAACCAGGGCCAGCAUGGCGGCUACAGCCAGUCGUCGCAUGGUCAAGCUGGGCCAAACAGCUACCCGAGCCAUGACCCAUAUGGCCAGCCCCAGCAGAAUGCAUAUGGCCAGCCCCAGCAGAAUGCAUACGGACAGCCUCAGCAGAGCGGAUACGGACAGUCUCAGCAGAGCGGAUACGGACAGUCUCAGCAGAAUGCAUACGGACAGCCUCAGCAUGGGGGGUAUGGCCAGCCUCAGCAUGGGGGGUAUGGCCAGCCUCAGCAUGGAGGGUAUGGUCAACCCCAGCAGAGUGGAUACGGCCAGCCCCAGAACUGCAACGAUCCCUAUGGAAACAGCGGCCCAUAUGGCCAUAACCAGCAGCAGCAGCAGCAGCAGCCACAGCAUGGACCGUAUGGUGAUCAUAGCUCAUCAAACAACCAUGAGACUGCUCAAAAGUCGUCUGGUGUAAAGGUUGGUGGUGUUGAUGUCGCUGCCGCUGCCACCCUUGCAUCGGGUCUUCUGGGGAAGAAGAGCGGUAGCUCCCAUGGCUCAUCGUCCAGCGGCAAGAUUGGCGGUGUGGAUAUCGGUACUGCUGCCAAGGUUGCAUCUGGCCUCUUGGGGAAGAAGAGUGACAACUCCCAUGGCUCGUCGUCUGGCGGCAAGAUUGGUGGUGUUGAUAUCGGCACUGCUGCCAAGGUUGCAUCAGGGUUUCUGGGGAAAAAGAGCGGUGACUCGCACGGGAGCUCAAACAAGUCUUCCAGUGGCAUUAACAUUGGCGCUGCAACCAGUCUGGCAUCAAGCUUCUUUGGAAAGAAGGACAAGUCUGGUGGCCACUAAAGUAUAGCAUUUUGCUCAUUAGU